GCGCUGCUGCAUUGAACGAAAACAUUUGACAUUUCGUUUCGUUAAAUUACAGUUCAGUGGCGCAAUGGCCUUUUCCGGUCUUUUCACAAAGUUGCUUGAGCAAAGAUGCAGCAAAAACGCAGAGAGCCCGUGCACGCUGUGCAAGUUUUCGGACGCAAGAAAACCGCCACCGCUGUUGCUUACUGCAAGCGUGGACAUGGUCUCUUGAGGGUCAAUGGCCGUCCAUUGGAACAAAUUGAACCCAAAGUUUUGCAAUACAAAUUGCAGGAACCACUUUUGCUGUUGGGCAAGGAAAAAUUCGCUGGCGUAGACAUCCGUGUACGUGUUAGCGGUGGUGGUCAUGUGGCACAAAUUUAUGCCAUCCGUCAAGCUAUCUCCAAGGCGCUGAUCGCUUUCUACCAGAAAUACGUUGAUGAAGCCUCUAAGAAGGAAAUCAAGGAUAUCCUCAUCCAAUACGACAGAACUCUGUUGGUUGGUGAUCCACGUCGUUGCGAGCCAAAGAAAUUCGGUGGUCCAGGUGCCCGUGCUCGCUACCAAAAAUCAUAUCGUUAAGUAUUUAUUACGAUAUGCAUUUAGUUAUAUUCUAAGGCGUUAUUGGUGGACACUUAUAAAAAGAGAUAAUAAAUUUUUUAUUUGAAAAAAAAAUAAAA